CUUGGUCCUCUCUGAGCUUGGUUGUUUCCUGGCAGACGUUUCAUGAUCCAGCUAGCAGGGGAGAAUCUCAGCCCGAGGUGGGACCCGAGUUCCGGUUUUGCCAUGAAAAAAGUCCGUUACCGUUUGGCAGAGAUACACGAUUUUACUUCGGAGGAGGUCCAGCAGCUGCUUCACAACAAAUUUGUGGUUGUGAUAGGAGACUCUAACUAUCGAGCGAUAUAUACAGAUCUGGUCUAUCUUCUGCAGACGGAUGAGAUGCUGACGGAGGCCCAGCUGAGGAGAAAGGAUAAGGAAACCUUUUUAAAUGACUGCGAAGUGGAAUUGAAGGAGUCUUCCCAAAACGAUUACCGCCAGGUGCGCCAGUACCGCCGCCGACACCACCUGGUGCGCUUCUACUUCAUCACCCGCGUUUAUUCGCCGUACGUGGAGAAGAUCCUGAAUGACCUCAGGGCGGAUCUGAAGGCGGAUCUGGUCCCAGAUGUUGUCAUCCUGCAUUCUUGCCUCUGGGACCUGAACAGAUAUCACGAUAAGUUUCCCACGGAGCCCCCGAUGCCCAAAGCCAUCCGAGAAUACCGCCAGAACACGGAGAAGCUCUUUCAAGCGGUGGACGAAGUUCUUCCUUCCAGCACUCUCGUCAUUUGGAACACGGCCUUGGCCAUCACGGAAGACGCCCGGGGAUACAUCUUUGAGCAACCGCACAAGGUGUCGGCCCGGGACAUGAUAGAGGCCAACUUCUACAGCGGCAACCUGGCCCGACAGUUCUGGUUCGACGUCGUGGACCUCCACUUCCACUUCCGGUUUCUGCAGGACCUCCAUGCCACCGACGGCACCCACUGGAACCCCCGGGCCCACCGCCACCUGACCAAGGUCUUGCUCACCCACAUGGCCGACGCCUGGCAGGUGGAGCUGCAGAAGAACAGGCCGCUGAUGAGCAUUCCAAAGUUGGCAAAGACCCAGACUCAACAGCCUUCUCCCUGGAGGAACGUGGAGUCCAACGCUCCACGGCCGAUCCCCAGCCUCUGGACCAACGGCUUGGCCCGUGACCCCUUCUAUUUCAAGAGGUCUUCUCACCUCCAUCGUCAUGCCCACUACAAAAAGAGGCUCAGAGCAAGGUCGGGUCAAGUGGACCAGUUCCCUGGAAGCCUCCCCAGCGGACUUUACCACGAACACAACCCCUUGCCCUCUGUGGGUCUCCCCGACCCCAGGAAUUCUCCCCCUGGCUUGGACAGCAGGCCCAUAAGUUCCUUUGAACGCCCUCAACCCAUUCCAGAAUAUUAUCCUCCUGCCCCAGAACAUGGGGGCUACGACAGGUGGCCCGUAGGUUCUUCUGAACAAGAGCAUCCCCCUCAACCCGAUCCAAAUUUUAAUCCUCACGCCCCAUGUCGCGCUGGCCGUGAUAGUUGGCCCAUACCUUCCUUUGAAGAAGAACAGUGCUUUCCACGCCACGACGGUGGUCAUUCUCACAACCCAUUUCAUGCUGGCUGUGAUGCUACACCCAUUAUUGGUCAGGACCAUUAUCCUCAACCCAAUGCAGGUUAUUCUUGGGUCCCAGAUAGUAUUGGGGGUGAUAGCAGACCCAUAUGUUUUUUAGAGCCGAGUCCCCAAUUCUAUCCCUGUCCUUACGUUCAUCCCUUCCAAGAUGGUAGGCCCACCGCUACGUGUGAGUCAAGAUUCCAUCCCAAGAGUCCCCCUCAUUUCCCACAAGAUGUGGGUGAUGCCAACAGGCCCACUAUUGUCGAAGAGGAGCUGUAUCUCCAGCCCUCUCCCCAUAAUUAUUUCCAGGCCACCCAUGGACCUGACGAUGACAGUUGGGUCAUGGGUUUGCCCGAGCAGGCCCAGUGGCCCCCACCUCAUCCUAGGAGAGACCUCCCUGUCCAUCACAAUGUUAGGAACGGCCCUUGGUCCAGAGAUGGAAAUGAAGGAGACCAGAGUUUUCCACUCCAAAUGGAAGACAUUCAUCCCAACGGCUUCUUCGGGCCGGGCUCCUUUACUCGUGAGGAAGGCUGGGCUCCUUACAGCCUGCCCCGUAGAAGACCUCGAAGCGCGUGGCUCGGGUCCCGGAAGAUGCUUUCAAGGCGCCCUCGAUAAGCCCACCAUCGACGCCACGCCUGCGCCCCUUAUGGCACCAGCCGGAAAAACUCCAGGGACUCUUUUUAGUCUGGCGCCCAUCCCACCCCAGGGCCGUUCCUGAUUUUUUCUCUCUGCUGCAAUUCCAUCUUUGCUCACUGUAGAAAUGACAAUUUGGAGUUCAAGGUCCUGUUCAGGAUUUCUUUUUUUUUUUCUUUUUCUUUUAAUACAAAUUUUAUUUAUAAUACAGUGAAAAACAAACCAA